GUGUAUGUAAACUUCUGACUUCAACUGUAAAUAUAGGAUUAUAAAUUCUCAGUUAAUAGUGUGGUUAAAAAGUCAUUUUCAAAACUGAUAUAGUAUAUAUUGUUGUAAAGUAUUACUUAUUAAUGUACUGCUAUUCUUCUGCUUCCUUUAUGCCCUAUUAUGUUCCUACUCCACCCCAGGGGGCGCUUGUUGCUCUGUGAGUCUCAGCCCUCAGGCCUCUUAUCAUAGCAACCCAUUGCAGAUGACAAGUUGGGGCUUGUCUGUUGUGAGCUGUGAGCCAAUGGGCUGAGCCAGAGCUUCAGCUUCCUCUCUGUCUCAGUGCACUGCAGCCUGCUGCUGCCUGCCUGUAGACUUAUAGUAGCGCUCACUGCUCUGUGCUGCUCUGAUGCUCACCCACACACCCACAGCUGUUCAGCCUGGCUAGUCCCACAGAGAGAGAAGCAGAGAGGCAGUGUGUCUCCAAGCCUCUACAAAACAGAAUCAGAUCCUUCUCACGAGCCUCUGUGUCCACUGCUACUCCACUGACUGACACAGAGCUAUACUCUACCAGCGGAGGUGCUGUGAGCGGCUGGAGGUCGUCAUGGCAACCCAGAGACAUGUACCCAGUGACAGUCUGGCUAGAACAUUCAGGUCCUGUGCCAGAAACCCUAGUGAGGUCAUCUCCACUAGACUGAGAGACAUGCUCCACACCUUCAUCCAGCACUACCAGGAACCAUGGGAAGAGAACCGCAGCCUAGACAGAGAGAGAGGAGUGAAGUUCUCCAUCCAGACAGAGGCUUUGUACUACAGGAUUCUAGAGGCUGUCAUCAAUCAGGAGAGGAAGAGGCUGCGAUACAAAGACCUUUCAGGCAUUCUGGAGCAUGAUCUGUUCCAGCGCUCUCUAGUGGCCUGUUGUCUGGAGAUGGUAAUCUUCUCCCAUCAGCCACCAGGCAGCUUCCCCCUGGUCAUUGACAUCUUUAGCCUGGCACCAUACGACUUCUACAAGGUGAUAGAGCUGGUGCUGCGGGCUGAGGAGGGCUUGCUGCCGGGUGUGGUCAGGCAUCUGACCCAUAUAGAGGAGCAGGUCCUGGAGAGUCUGGCCUGGAGGAGAGACUCACCACUCUGGGACCAGAUCAGAGCUGCUAAGGGUCAGGGACAGCUGCCUGCAUACCAUCAGGUGAUGCUCCCCCAAUACUCAGAGGACACAGACAAGAUGGCCAAGAUCCCUCCCAACCCUUCACACUUGACCCCAAGCCUUGUGAAUGGGAUCCAUGGAAUUGACCUGAACUCCCCGAUUACCCACCAUGAACGCUACAGCUCACCCCCUGCUGGCUCAAAGAUGGCCGCUUGCCCUACCACACCAGUCAGCCCAUCCCAGUCCUCCUCUGUCAUUGUUACUGGACAGACUGUAGUCACCAUGGCAUCAGCCACUGUCACCACCAACAAUGGCCAGUCAGUCAGCAUACCGGUUCGAGGCAUUGCCAAUGACCGGGGAGCCAUCACAUUUACCCUUAGUGUUGUAGGUCAGCCCAUUCCUCCACAGCAAGUCUCCAGCACCUCUACCCAGCAGCCCCAGAACCCUCUACCCUCUACCCAGAGUAAGGGCUCCAUCUCACUGUUCCUCCGCAAGGUCUACCACCUGGUGAGCAUGCGUCUGAGGGACAUCUGUGUUAAACUGGACAUCUGUGAGGCGCUGCGGCUGAAGAUCUGGACCUGCGUCGAACACUCCUUGGUCCACUGCACUGACCUCAUGCUAGACCGACACCUGGACCAAAUACUCAUGUGUGCCAUCUAUGUCAUGGCCAAGGUAACCAAAGUGGACAUGCCGUUCAAGCUCAUCAUGCAGUGCUACAAGACUCAGCCUCAAGCAAGCAACUGUGUAUUCAGAAGUGUUCUGAUCUCAGGGAGAAACACCAAGACGUCACAAAACUCUCCUGGAGGAUCCAACAGAGAAAACAGACCCAGAGCUCCCUGUAGCCCGGGCCAGGAGGAGAGAGGACACCUCAUCUAUUUCUACAACACCGUCUAUGUCAAACAGAUGAAGGACUUUGCCCUGCGCUACACCUCCAGCUCUCUGACCAUAGCCGGGGUUGAAACCCCUCCCCUUUCGCCAUACCCCUUCCAGAGUGUUGGAUCCUUGCGCAGACUCCGCCCUUCCAACCACCAUUCCCUCUACAUCUCCCCCCACAAGCCCAGCACACACCCCUCCCCCCGCACUGGGUUCCUCUACUACGUCAGCAGAAGUCCCUCAAAGCGUCUGAGAGAGAUCAAUGACAUGAUGAGGACAUUUCAGUCACGCACCAGGAAGCGCUGUUCAGCCCAGCUGCAGGAGGACAGUGAGGAGGAGGGUGGGCCGCUUGUAAAGAGGCCCUGUCAUGAUAGACCGUCAGAUUGGCAGAGAAAGCUCAGGGACCUCGGCCAGGACUUCAACCAGGCACUGACCAGGGCCCAGAACCAGCAACAAUCCCAGACCAGGGCCAAGGCACAGCACCAAGCAACAGCACACAAGGGGAAACAUUGAUGACAUCUCACUUUCGUUGACUUACCGCCAUGCUUCAUACUUCCAUCAUCAGUGUCUGUGGUCCAUAUCGUUCCAAUGAGUGUAGACCUGCAAGGAGAAUGGAUGAUGUGGAUCUACAAUGUUAGAAAGAAUUGGCAUCAUUAGCACUCAGUGAAAUUCUCUUAGUAAGCAAUGUUCAUGAUUAGAAAAGCUGAUUUAUAAUAAUAAUUAGGGUAUUGUAAUAAUCUGAGGGUAACUAGGGCUCUGUAUCAAAUAUCAUAUUAUACAUAUCAUAUACAGUAUAUAUUUCAACAUUUUAGUCCUCUGUGAACCAUGUCCUAGUUACCUAAGGAAGCAGUAAAGGAUUUGUGUUGAUACUGA